UAGUCCAGAAGCAGAGGUGCUGGUGACCGCCUCAGGAAAUAGCCCUAAGACAGGUGGCCUUAAAGUGACUGGCUGGCUUCAGCCCAGCUGGUGGCUGCUCUCUGAGAAGCAGAGACCUUGAGCACAUCUUGGCCCACAGGCAGCCCCAUGAAGAGCCCUGUCUCCACCUUGCCCUUCCCUACCGAGACUCUCCAGCAGGGACUCUGGCCUGCUGGGCUGCCACGGUAAAGCAGUGCCCCUGGGAAGGCGGUGCCAUCUGCCUGAUUUCGCUGGACUUUAGCCAUCUCCAGAACCCCACCUGAUGUCCCGGGACCCCACUCUUCAAGAAAGGGACAUUCCUGGAGGCAGAAAUGUAGCCCAGCUCCGAAUGAGGCCCCAAAAGAUGGGAGAUGCAGAAGCCCCUUUGGGAGGAGAGGACACCUGGGCAACCCUUGACCCCCUUUCCCACCCCCACCUCCAGGUUGGGAGCACGUUCCUGCACGUGGCUAUGCUGUGGGGCCUCUCUCAUGAGUCAGAGCGGAGGGAGACAGCUGUGCCUCUGGAGUCUGCUUUUAAUUGUCUGGAAAUGCAGAGAUGUCUGGUUUUUGCCUGAGCAAAAUAGGAGUUUAUUUUUGUACUAUCCCGAGCUGGCUAAGGAGAGUCACGUAGCUGUGGGCGGGGUCUUGGGGAUGAGGAGGGGUGCAGCAGGCAGGGACUAUGCUGAAGUGGAGCUGGCUGUAGGAACCCCAGGGAGGCACAGGGGGAGCGUGGAGAGGAGCUACGCUUCCCUCCCUUAGUGCCCGGUCAGAAACUCCCAGGGCGCUUCACAGAACCUUGGAGGAACAUUCAACACCCCCAUCUCUAGGACAGCCCCAGCCCUGUCAUCCUCCAAUUGCUAUGGUAACACGAGCACUGGAGCAGUGAGAUUGUUAGGCCUUCAGGGCCAGUGUCUCCAUGCAGAUCAGAUGGAGGCGGUGCCUGGCACAUAUACCACCUCACUGCCCAUGCCCACAGAAGAUGGUGCAGAUCAUAGGUGGCUUUUGGGGCUAACUGAUUGAAGUUCCAGCAUAGUCUGUUUCUCCUAGGCUGGCAGCUGGCGCCUUUAGCCCCAUGUGUUUUUAAAUUAUUUUUUCUUUUGAGACGGAAUCUCGCUCUGUCACCCAGGCUGAAGUGCAGUAGUGCAAUCUCAGCUCACUGCAGCCUCUGCCUCCCGGGUUCAAGCGAUUCUCCUGCCUCAGCCUCCCGAGUAGCCAGGAUUAAAGGUGCCUGCCGCCACACCUGGCUAAUUUUUGUAUUUUUAAUAGAGACGGGGUUUCACCAUGUUAGCCAGGCUGGUCUCAAACUCCUGACCUCAGGUGAUCUUCCUGUCUCGGCCUCCCAAAGUGCUGGGAUUACAGGUGUGAGCCACUGCGCCCGGUCAUCCCCAUGUGUUUGGGUGGCCUUGGCUGCUGAUGGGUGGGAUGAGCCCCAGGAGGAAGUUGGGACAAGUCAACCUCAUGGCAGAUGUGCCAGGGAGAGCUGCAGGUGAGAUAGAUUGUUCCUAUCCAGCUCUCCUUGAUGUGGGAGGACUCAGUACCUCCAGCACACCCUUCUCACGGAGGUUGGUUAUGUGGUACUUGGCCUUAAGUGAACCAGCACUUCAUGAGUCCAGCUUUGUACUAGACCAGCACUUGGGAUUGAAGGGGUCAGCGGCCACCCUCGGGGGACCUUCUGACUCAGAGGACAUGAGAUGGCCACACUCGAGCACUGUGUUCCUGACCUUUCUGGGUCACAGGUCACCUUGAUGAUUGGAUGAAAGUCUUAGAUCUUCUUUCCAGAGAAAAGCCUACAACAUUCUACUGAACCAAUCCAGAGGGUUCCCGGACCCCCGAAGCCCACCCACGGGCUGGCUCUGGGAGGCAAUGGCGCUGAGUAUGGGGGCGUGAGUUGAAUAUGCGGGCUGCCAGUGGGUGGAGAGAGUGCUUCCAGCAGCUUGUCUGCUGCACUAGGGAUGCCUGUUCUUACGGGGAAUCCCAGGCUGGGAGAGGGAGCGCCCUGCGGGAAGGCCAGCAGGAGGGGCAUCUCAAAGCGUAUGGCCCUUAUCUCAGCAGAGAAGGAGGGUGCCCACGAAGUCCCCAGAGGCUCAGGCUCAUACCUGGGUGGGGCUGGCCCACGCGAGAAUGUGGUAAAGCUUCGCCUUGUCCUCGUUCUGUCUGCCCAUAUCUGGCAGUGGCUUCUCCCAGAGGAAUAUCCUCCAGGGGCUUUUGCCUGGAAAGGCACUGGAUGGGCUGACUAGCCUCAGCCUCCACCUGAGGUAAACAGCUUCAGCCAUUGACCAAGAAACACCCAGAAUUGAGCCUCUGCAUACUGGGGGCCUGUGGUGUGUCGCUGAGAGGUUGCAAGAGGUUGGGCUGUGUAGAAGCUUUUGCCCUCACUCUGGCUUUGCCUUCUGCCUUGCUCCUCAUCUGGAAACAUCACAGGGGCAGCUGACUGAGCCAUCCUCAGAGGCUAGGAACAAGCUAGAGGACCAAGCGAGGCGAGGGGAACCACGCCAUGCCACUGGGCUAGCCUGGCCUGCUCCUGUGUUGAUGGACGUAGAUCAGGGAGAUGCUUAUAUAAUAAACCAUUGCGCCCCCCUCUAGCCUGUGGUCUCUGAACUAGGAAGCCACAGGCAUGAGCUGUCGCCUGCGGAGUUCCUCAGCCUGCCCAUCCGGCCUCUUUCCCUGCAGAUCUCUCGCAUGGCUCCCCACAGAUGGUACGGAGGGAUAUCGGGCUGUCGGUGACGCACAGGUUCUCCACCAAGUCCUGGCUGUCACAGGUCUGCCACGUGUGCCAGAAGACCAUGAUAUUUGGAGUGAAGUGCAAGCAUUGCAGGUUGAAAUGUCACAACAAAUGUACCAAAGAAGCCCCUGCCUGUAGAAUAUCCUUCCUGCCAUUAACUCGGCUUCGGAGGACAGAAUCUGUCCCCUCAGACAUCAACAACCCGGUGGACAGAGCAGCCGAACCCCAUUUUGGAACCCUCCCCAAAGCACUGACAAAGAAGGAGCACCCUCCGGCCAUGAAUCACCUGGACUCCAGCAGCAACCCGUCCUCCACCACCUCCUCCACACCCUCCUCACCGGCGCCCUUCCCGACAUCAUCCAACCCAUCCAGCGCCACCACGCCCCCCAACCCCUCACCUGGCCAGCGGGACAGCAGGUUCAACUUCCCAGACAUUUCGGCCUUUGCACAGGCAGCCCCGCCCCCUGAAGCUGCCGACGGUACCCGGCUCGAUGACCAGCCGAAAGCAAAUGUGUUGGAGGCUCACGAAGCAGAGGCUGAGGAGCCAGAGGCUGGCAAGUCAGAGGCAGAAGAUGACGAGGACGAAGUGGACGACUUGCCCAGCUCUCGCCGGCCCUGGCGGGGCCCCAUCUCUCGCAAGGCCAGCCAGACCAGCGUGUACCUGCAGGAGUGGGACAUCCCCUUCGAGCAGGUAGAGCUGGGCGAGCCCAUCGGGCAGGGCCGCUGGGGCCGGGUGCACCGCGGCCGCUGGCAUGGCGAGGUGGCCAUUCGCCUGCUGGAGAUGGACGGCCACAACCAGGACCACCUGAAGCUCUUCAAGAAAGAGGUGAUGAACUAUCGGCAGACGCGGCAUGAGAAUGUGGUGCUCUUCAUGGGGGCCUGCAUGAACCCGCCCCACCUGGCCAUUAUCACCAGCUUCUGCAAGGGGCGGACGUUGCACUCCUUUGUGAGGGACCCCAAGACGUCUCUGGACAUCAACAAGACGAGGCAAAUCGCUCAGGAGAUCAUCAAGGGCAUGGGAUAUCUUCAUGCCAAGGGUAUCGUACACAAAGAUCUCAAAUCUAAGAACGUCUUCUAUGACAACGGCAAGGUGGUCAUCACAGACUUCGGGCUGUUUGGGAUCUCAGGCGUGGUCCGAGAGGGACGGCGGGAGAACCAGCUAAAGCUGUCCCACGACUGGCUGUGCUAUCUGGCCCCUGAGAUCGUACGCGAGAUGACCCCUGGGAAGGACGAGGAUCAGCUGCCAUUCUCCAAAGCUGCUGAUGUCUAUGCAUUUGGGACUGUUUGGUAUGAGCUGCAAGCAAGAGACUGGCCCUUGAAGAACCAGGCUGCGGAGGCAUCCAUCUGGCAGAUUGGAAGCGGGGAAGGAAUGAAGCGUGUCCUGACUUCUGUCACCCUGGGGAAGGAAGUCAGUGAGAUCCUGUCGGCCUGCUGGGCUUUCGACCUGCAGGAGAGACCCAGCUUCAGCCUGCUGAUGGACAUGCUGGAGAAACUUCCCAAGCUGAACCGGCGGCUCUCCCAUCCUGGACACUUCUGGAAGUCAGCUGACAUUAACAGCAGCAAAGUUGUACCCCGGUUUGAAAGGUUUGGCUUGGGUGUCCUGGAGUCCAGUAAUCCAAAGAUGUAGCCAGCCAUGUGGUUUUUCGCUGCUGAUCUCUUUCUUUUUAAAAUGUGUUUCUGAAACAUCCAAGCAACCACCACGACAAAAAAGCACUGCCUGCCCAGCGCUGCAAACCAGGAGCACGCGUCCUAGAUUCAGACUGUUCGCCAUAAACCCCACUCGGGAGAUGGAGCUGCACCUGCUAUUUCUUAAAAUGACACCACCAACAACCAAACCUGUCGUGACAGACAGCAAAUGUUUACACGUAUAUUUCUCCUGAGUGAACCUGAUGUUUUACAGUAGGUAAUGAUAAAAACAGUCCAUGCAUAGAUGCACUGGCACUGACGGCCAGGAUGGCGGAAAUGGCCGUGCCCUCUAGAGGACCUUGUAGGCGGUGAGGGACCCAUGCUGGGCCAGAAGGAAGACAAACAUGGUGAUUGCAGCUGUUCUUGGGGUAGAGCGGGGAGCCCAGAAGGUCUGACCUGGCCUCUGCUUUUUGGCCCAAGACGCUAUCAGGGGAAUCUCUAUCUAGGGCUCUCCCCUUGUCCUUUCAAAGGGAUACUGCCCCUUCCUCAUCUUGCAGAGGAAACCUUGGCUAGGAACUGAGCUAGUUUAUGGAGUCUGGAGUUCCUGGAGAGCUUGGGUUCACCUUCUCACCCCUGUAAUCCAGGCUGCUCCUGCCGGAAAAGUAGAAACAGAAUCCAAAAAAGGUCUGGACUCACCCGGUGGUUCCCAGCCAGGGUUUCUGCUACAAGGUGAGGAAACAUCCAUGGCUUGUACAGAUGUGAGUCUUUGAUGAAGCCCCCAGGCAGGCACCAAGGUGAUGGGACUCAGGGCCUUGGCUUUUAGAUACAUCCCAGUCCCUGACUGACAUCUGACCGUGAGGGCUGGAUGGGUGGGAACAAGGAGGAUGGAGGAAGGAGGAGGAGUAGAUGACAAAGGUACCUGAGCCCCCUUCCUAGCCACAGGGUGACCCUAGCACUGUAAAAACCCUUAGUCAUGCCAGAAGGUUCUCGAACUGCCCACCUCUUCCAUUUCAGUCCUGCUGAAACCCCUUAGCCCAUUUCCGACUCCUCAGUCCGUGCUCUGAGCUCAGCUGGGCGGUGUGUGGCCUAUCACCCCUUUCAUUUAGACCUACCUGGCUGGCCCCCAUCUGCAGAGCCUUCCUUAGCACCAUUAGGCCUUCUACUUGUGUCCAUUUGAAGCAGGAGGGGCUGGAUUUGGAAAAGUCUUUGACGUGAGAGCACCACGCUUGUCUUCGUUAGAAACUCUCACCUGCAGAGAAAAGUUCCAGAUGGCAAGGGAGCCCUUAAGUGGAGAUUAGGUUGCAUUAGACUCCAAAACCAGAAAGGAAAAAGGGUGAUGGGGUGGAGACGUGAUUGGAUUCAGGCCCAGAACCUGUGACCAUGCUCUGAGCUCAGACUUGGGGAGGGAGGGGUGUGGCUCCCACCCCUUCCGUUGAAGACCUGCCUAGCAGAGCCCCAGUCUCCAGCCCUUUCCCUAGCACCAGAGUCUGGUCAAAAUGCCACAGAAAAUGAGCUGCUCUGCCAGCAAGCUGUGGAGCUGCCUCCUGUCCAGGCCUGGCAUCCCUUGGUCAGCCCCUCCUUGGAGGGCACAGCCGUAUUACAGUGCCAGUGUGCCUGGCCAUCAGCAUCUUCACCCUUCCCAGUCUGUGUGGGGAGGCUGUAAACCAUGUGGAUUCAGCGCUGCGUGGAGUUUCUGUGCUGUGGUGGGACUGCUCAUUUUGCCCCAUCAUCCCUUUGGCCUCCCACACACCUGCCCCUUCCCAGGGUUCACGUGUGUCUCCAGCCUUUCACCUUUCUGUUGCAAUGGUGGUCUUUGUCCAGGCAAGAGCAGGCCCGAUGGAUGUACUGGUGAGCCCCACAGUUGGACGUCAGCUCAGCCGUCCAACUGGGAGGAAAAGUAGGCUCAGUUCCUCCCCAACCCCUGACACCAGGCCGCAGUGGGCAUGCACAGGCCCACAGAAAGUCAGUCUGGGUUUUGCUUUUUCUCGUGAGCAUCACAGUUAAAGAAGCACUCAUUGAGCAACUACAGUGCACUUGGUCUUCUGCAAGUGCUGGGCACCUAGAGAUAGGAACGGUCAUGGUCCCUGCUCUUAAGGAACUGAUAACCUGGUGGGGCCCUGUUAUCUUCAAGGAACCCAGAAGGCACUGGGCCCCAAAGGUGGAACUGAAGGACUGGGGGCAGCUGGCUCUCAGCCUGCCACCUCUGCACUGCCUGUCUUUAAAGAACCCCACCCCACCCCAUGAUGGUCCCCUCUGUUCCCCUUGUAUUUCAGUGACUGUGAAUUGAGGUUAGGAAGGCACACCUGCCCUUCUGUGUGCUCUCUCCAUCUGCUUUGGAAACACACGAAGGACGACAGAUACUGUGAAUUCAGCCCUCACGGCCAACUGUGAAGGGGAUGGAGAAGGCUGGGAGGGCUCGGGGAGAGCUUUUAGGGGCUGCGGAAGUCCCCACUGGGGUCUAAGAGUGGAGCCCAAGCUUUGGCCCUCCAGGCGUCCCCAGUUUCCAGCCUCACCUCUGAAGCCCUGCUGCCUUUAACCACCAGAGCCGCAGCCCCCUGGGUUUCUGUCUAACUCGAAGUCUUGAAUCCUAGCUAGUUUGGGGUUGUGACCAGUGUGUAGCAAAGUUGAUCUCUCCAUGUCACCAAAUCAAAACACCCUCUGUCAUCCUACGGCAUUUCCUCUUGAGGUCACAGAGAGGAAUGGCAAGCCCUGGAAACCUGUGUUAUUCUGUGUUGAUUUGGUGUGGGGGGAGGGUGGAGAUGUAAAUGUGAAGCCAGUUGGAGUUUGUGCUAUGCAGCAGUGUUAGCCAGGAUCUCAUCAGCGUGCAAACCUAGCAUCUUCUGUGGCCACAAGCCACACACUUGCUUUUUUUGAAUGUGAUGUAAAAUUUGUACAGUAAAGUUUUUAUAUUUUCUAUCAACUGCAUUUGUCUUCCAGACAUGCUAUUAAUUUAAAUUAAAAUGGUUAGUAUUAACAAAUAUGCUGUAUCGGGUUUUUUUGCCACUGGCAAGAACAUGCCCUCUGUGCUAAGCCAGGCCUGGGUGUCUGGAGUUUGUGAAUAAAGUUAUACCAAGGUG